GCGUAGCAUCCUGUUUCGGGGGGACAGGACAGAACGUACAGUUGUUAGAUGGUUCCGAUAAAAUAAUAAAACAUUUUUUGUUUAGACGUAUUCAGAGCUUAUAACUAUGUGAUUUUUAACGUGUAUGACAAAAGUUGCGAUGUAAUAAUCAGUGUACAUAAAUGUGUUGUCAGUUUUUUUAUAUCAUAUUCAUAAAAUGAUGUCAAUUUGGAGAAGAGUUAAGGACCAGCAGGGAAUAGCUGUUCAUAAUUUUGAUCAAGAUGGACCGUACCGGCUGCGGCUGACUGUUGGUGAGGUCGUACAGUUGUUGGAAGAGUGUGACGAGUGGUAUUAUGGAUGUAGUAAAUACAAAGGAACUAGUGGAAUAUUUCCAAAGUCUUAUGUGCACAUAGUACAGCAAUCUACAAACUCAGAAGCUCUCACACACGAAAUAACUAGCGUGCUUAGAGAAUGGGGUCACCAUUGGAAACAUUUAUACAUUACUCAUUCGCAGCAUUUUUCAACUAUUCAUCACGAAAUCACAGAGCUGAUUCGAUAUCGGAGUAAAAUUCUAAGCGCCACUCUAACAGUUGACGAAUUAAAAGAUAUGAAAAGAUUGGCAACUGCCAAAAUAGAUACUGGAAACCAGUUGCUUGGUCUGGACAUGGUAGUUCGUGACGAUCAUGGAAAUGUUUUGAAUCCAGAGCAAACGAGCACUAUACAGCUAUAUUAUCAUCAUGAAACAGCAGCGGAGAGAAUAAGAAAAGCAACAACUAGUCUAAAGAAAAAACCAGCAAAACUUCAGUCACCUGUAUAUUCUCACAUAUUUUUUGUUAGCGUUAGAAACUUUGUUUGCAAAAUGGCUGAGGAUGUUGAGCUGCUGUUGACAUUGUUUGACAGUAAGGAAAUGAGGGCAAUAACUGAAAACUACGUUGUAUGUUGGAGUCGUGAAGGUUUAGCUAGGGAUAUAGAUCAAUUGCACAAUCUCAGAGUACUUUUCACAGACUUGGGCUCUCGAGAUUUAUCCAGAGAAAAGGUUUAUCUAGUUUGCUAUGCUGUACGUGUUGGCAGCAUGGAAGCGAAGGAAAUAGACCAUCGAAGAUCCAGUAUUCUUCAAAACAGUCAGAAACAGAAAAACUCUGAUAAUAUGAGAAGGCCUUUCGGAGUCGCGGCAAUGGAUAUUACUCCGUAUAUUAACGGGAAACUUGACGGCGAUGUAGAAACACAUCAUUUCAUUCCAUUUCUGCAAUGCUGUGAGAAAGAAAGCCUCGACGGAACACUGCGCAGAAUUCUUCAACAAAAAGAAACAACUAACCAAAAAGGUGGUGGUGGUGGUGGAAAUGCUGUUGGGGGCCAAGGACUUUGGGCUAGCGUUAAACUUCUCAGAGGGGACACUAAACAGGUACGAGAAGAAAAUCCACAUUUGGUGCUUGGAAAUGUUGCGAUUGCUCGUAAAAUGGGAUUCCCUGAAGUGAUUUUGCCAGGUGAUGUGAGAAACGAUUUAUACCUUACUUUGAACUCUGGAGAGUUCAGCAAGGGAUCCAAAACCACUGAUAAAAACGUCGAAGUCACGGUCAAAGUCUGUAACGAAUUUGGAGUAGCCAUACCAGGUGUAAUGACUUUGGGUGGAGGAGCACCACCAAUCGAUGAGUAUAGAAGUGUGAUUUACUACCACGAAGACAAGCCAAAGUGGUUUGAAACUUUCAAAGUAGCAGUGCCAAUAGACGAGUUCAAACAAGCCCACCUCAAGUUCACGUUCAAGCAUCGCAGUUCAAACGAAGCAAAAGACAAGGCAGAAAAACCAUUUGCAUUGAGUUAUGUGAGAUUGAUGCAACCGAAUGGCACUACUCUUCAAGACAUUAGGCAUGAAUUAUUAGUUUACAAACUAGACCAUAAAAAAUAUGAAGAAUCGGACACGAGUUAUUUAGAUUUGCCAUCGACACAAGGAGCAUUGGAAGAACGUAAUGCGGAAAAGAAACCAACUUUGGGACCAUUCACUCUGAGUUCAAAAGAUAACUUUUCAAUUGCAACAAAUGUUUGCUCAACAAAGCUAACGCAAAAUGUCGAUCUACUGGGAUUAUUAAAUUGGGCUUCGAGUCACACAGACUUGAAAGAGUCACUCACCGCUCUGAUGAAGGUCGACGGAGAAGAAGUCGUUAAAUUCUUACAGGACGUUCUGGACGCAUUAUUCGCCAUCUUGAUGAGCAAUUCGGACAGCGAUAUGUAUGAUGAUAUGGUAUUUGGAUGCUUAUUAUACAUAAUUGGACUGGUAUCAGAUAGGAAAUAUCAGCACUUUCAGCCUGUACUGGAUUUAUACAUUUCCGAAAGUUUCUCAGCAACUUUAGCAUAUAAAAAAUUAAUAACAGUGCUACGUAAGAGGAUAGAUAGUGCUAGCACGAACGACGUUCAAGAGCGAGAUCUCUUGCUGAGAACUAUGAAAAGUUUACAAUAUUGUAUGCGGUUUGUCGUUGAGUCACGACUUCUAUUUGCCGAGCUAGAUCAAGACGAGGAAGAGUUUUCUCAAACGCUAACAGAGCUUCUGAAAUCGAUAGUCGAUUUAAUGAGUCACGAAACUGACGGAACAUUGCUGGUUCAAGGCGCUUGCCUGAAAUACCUACCAACAACAAUUCCGCAUGUGUUACGAGUUUAUAGCGGAAAGCAAUUGAGCAUCAUACUGACUGAUCUCUUGCUCACCGUACCACCUGGCAGAUUAACCAAACAGAAAAUGAUGACGGUCAACGACAUAGUACAUAGCCAGUUAUUUUUGAGCCCAGAUUGCAGAGCUAUUCUUUUACCAACCAUCACCAUACUGGUUAAAAACCUCCUCGAAGCCAAGGAAGAGGGACUGUCAGGCACGCCGGGAAAGAGCGUGGCGAAGGUAGCCAGGCUGCUCGGCGAGAAUCGACACCGACUCAACCAGCACCGUGGCUAUUCGGAAGAGGUGGAAUUAUGUGUUAAAAUCUUGUCUGACAUUCUCGAGUUGACGUUUAGGAGUGACGUAGGCUCAACAGCCUCUGAUGUCAAGGAAAUAAUGUUGACUACUUUAAGAACAGUUAUUCAAGCAGUUAUCCCAAUGGACAGAGAAAAUCCGUUGGUCGGAAAUUUAGUCUCUGUGAUGUUAGCGAUUUUCAGGCAAAUGACGGAACCGCACUACGAUAUUUACAUAAAUCAUUUUGGCACAUCAUACGAUCUGCUGGAUUUUUUGAUGGAGAUAUUACAAGUAUUCAAGGACCUCGUAUCCAAUAGCGUGUUUCCCAGUGAUUGGUGUGAAAUGAUCAUGCUGCAGAACAGUGUUAUCCUUAAAUCACUACGAUUUUUUUCAAGAACAAUCAGAGAUUGUUUCUUCAAGGAUUUUGAACAGCAGGCGUGGUCUAAUUUCUUCCAUUGUGCUAUUGCUUUUCUGACCCAGCCAUCACUACAGCUAGAUACAUUUAGCCCAACGAAACGCAAUCGAUUGGUAGCAAGAUACAAGGAUAUGCGAAGAGAAACAGCAUUUGAAAUUAGAUCUAUGUGGUUCAACCUUGGGCAGCAUAAGAUAAUGUUUGUACCCUCUCUUGUUGGUGCUAUAUUAGAAAUGACAUUAAUACCCGAAACUGAACUUCGAAGAGCGACCAUUCCGAUAUUUUUUGAUAUGAUGCAGUGCGAGUUUUACAGUUCUCGAUUUAGCGAAGGCUAUGGUGACACGAAACGUGAUCCAGCGCAUAUCAAAGGGAAUUUUAUGGAAUAUGAGAAUGAAAUGAUCGCCAAGUUGGAUAUUUUGGUGGAGGGUGGUAGAGGAGAUGAACAGUUCCGUAUUCUAUGGGUCCAAGUUAUGAGUAGUCUUUGCGAAGGUCAUUCAACCAUGCGUGAAAUGGGCUUACGAUUUGUCGACAUUGUCGCAAGGUUGAUGGAACGAUUAUUGCAAUACCGAGAUAUCAUCCAUGCUGAGUCUCAGGAACACCGUAUGCUCUGCACAGUCAACCUGCUAGAGUUCUACUCUGAAAUCAAUAGAAAAGAAAUGUACAUCAGGUACGUUAAUAAACUUUGUGAGCUGCAUCUGGAAUGCGACAAUUACACUGAAGCUGCGUACUCGUUGAAACUGCACAGCCAAUUGCUCGCAUGGAGCGAUCAACCGCUACCACCGUUGCUGCGUUCUCAUAGGUAUCCGAGUUGCCAGACACAUCGAGAAUUGAAAGAAGCUCUCUACUCCGACAUUGUUGACUAUUUUGACAAAGGGAAAAUGUGGGAAUGCGCUCUUGCUGCUUGCAAAGAGUUGGCGACUCAAUUUGAAGAAGAAACAUUUGAUUAUUCACGACUGUCUCUGUUACUGAAUAGGAUGGCUAAAUUUUAUGAUUCUAUAGUGAAACAGCUCAGGCCAGAGCCGGAGUACUUUAGGGUAGCUUACUACGGACGUGGCCAUCCUCCAUUUUUACAAAAUAAGGUAUUCGUCUAUCGUGGAAAAGAAUAUGAAAGGCUAAUUGAUUUUUGCACAAGAACUUUGAAUCAACUUCCAAACGCUGAACAAAUGAACAAACUCUCACCACCUGGAGAAGAUAUACUUGAAUCAGCUAGUCAAUAUGUCCAGAUCAAUAAAGUCGAUCCGUUAAUGGAUGAAAGACGGCAUCGUAUUAGUGGAAAGCCAGUCACAGCUGAAGCAGUUCUUAAGCACCACCGCGUGAAUGACGUUCAGAGAUUCAGAUUUUCGAGGCCAGCUCCACGGAGAGAUUCUACUAUAACAAAUUCUAUGAAUUCCGAAAAAGAGCUUAAAGAUAAGGAGACUUCCAACAACGGUAAUAAUGAGUUCGCUUCCUUGUGGCUGGAGAGAACGGUACUAGUGACAAGUUAUCCUCUGCCAGGAAUAUUGCGGUGGUUUCCAGUGACCUCGAGCGAAACUUAUCUUGUAAGCCCACUAAAAAAUGCUAUUGAAACUAUGGAAGCUACUUACAAAUCUAUCAGAGAUCUCGUAAUCGCAUACAGAACGGACAAUACUCUGCCGUUGAAUCCCUUAAGUAUGAAACUCAAUGGAGUAUUGGACCCAGCAGUAAUGGGCGGUGUGGACAAUUACGAGAAAGCAUUUUUGAAUCCUGAAUACCGAGACUCUCAUCCUGAAGAUAGCUCCGACUUAUUAAAGUUAGAGAGUCUCAUAGCCGAGCAAAUUCCUCUACUUGGCAUUGGCGUUCAUCUUCAUAAACUGAGAGCUCCGCCUGAACUUACACCUUUUCAACAAAGAUUGGAGCAGUGUUUCUCAUCUAUGAGAACUCAUGUCGAGGACAAGUAUGGAAAGCGGACCUGUGAUCUUCACAUUGAAACCAUGACUCAACCAGUGACGAUGCGAAAGCAUCAAACAUCAAAAGGUGAAAAUCACCGAUUAUCAGAAGCGAGUGUUGUCAGCAAUGAUUGUGGAACUCGCUCCAGAGUAUCUUCACUCACGAAAUCACAAGUUUCAACACUCAAGUCAUUUGCAUCGUUCAAUUUGACCAACAGUUCGCCAAAUUCCGGUUCCACGAACAUCAAUCUAACGAGAAACAGCUCAAUUCGUUCAAAUAUAUUAUCUACGGCCUCGCUGAAGGCUUUGAAAAAUUCGAGCCCUGGAACAAACAAGAAAAAAGAUGCCAAACGAAGGAGCACUCGUAAAAGUGAUUCAGCAGUUAUACAUAAAAGCGAACAACCGACCAGUCAAUGGUACACAAUGCAAGAUCUUACACAACCGCCUCCAAUAACUCUUACUUCUUCUGUAUCUCAUACUCCUAUAUCAACAGUCUUCGAACUAACACAGGAGCUAACGCCAAAGCGGCCAUUGAGAUCUGAAGUCGAGAAGGAACGAAGAAUGAGCAAUCGGUGGUCUGGGCAGUCCCAUCAGUAUCUAAGAAAUAUCAGCAAUGGUUUGGAGCCCAGUGGAUUAGGCAAAGGCAACAGAGACAGUGUUGGAACAACUGAUAGCACAGCUUCCGAAGACGACCCGCCGCCACCGUUGCCAAUUAAAACCCGGGACCCUGAUUAUUGUAAUCUUCCUGAUGACGUGGUACCAUGUAAUCAAAAAUCAGAUAUUUUGAAUAAUUCUAAUCGUCCGAUAAGCCAACGAAUAAGAAGCAAGCCUCCAGCACCUCCGGAGCCAGUGGUUCAUCAAUCGAUACCCCCAACACCGCCGCCAAAGCCGAAGAGACCUGCACAUACAAUAAAAAGAGUUGUUCUUUCUACGAUUCACACAGAAAUUUUUACGGAUGAUUCAUCUACUGCGUGACAAUGGCGUCGCUACGGAUCUUAACACUUUCAGAACUUCUUUUCAGCAUUCCUUCAGUUUUUGUUCACGGUCAAUUGAUUUUAGUUGAAUAAUUCUUAUUGAAAAAACAAAAAAAAAAAAAAAAAAUGAUAUGGUAUUAGGAUACUUUAAGACUGAAAGAGUUGAGAGUAACUUGGCGCAUUUGGCUGAGCAGUUACCAUUUCAUUCUCAUACCAAAGAGAUUGCGAAUAUAAUUUUAGAGUUAUAACAAUCCAUGAGAAAUAAGUCAUCGGUUAUCGAUCAUCCAUGCUAUGAUAAUUUAAUUAAACAAUUUUCAUUUUAUCUUAUAUUAUAAUAUUUUUUUUAACGAGUAAAGAAAUUUAACUACUAGUCCGUACAUGAUAAAUAUAGAUGUUGAAUAACCAAAAUUUUAUUACUAUACAUACAUAAUAACAUUUAUUUGUUACAUAUGUAUGCAGAUGCACAUACUAUAUACUUAUAUAUUUAUACAUAUAGACCGAGAAAGAAGGAAAUUUUUUAAUAAAACAAUACUAAACCUGGAGAAAUCAAGAACAUAAAACUAAGGAGACAAGGAUAGUGCCAUUUAAUUUUUUUAAGCUUAAUAAAUGUAAUUAUAAAAUAUCAUUUAGGGACCAACCAACUAGUAUUUUAUCAACACAUUUUUAUACUGAAAAGUCAUAGUAAUCAGCUCCGUUCAUUGUUGAAUGCAUAAUCAUUUUAUACGUAAUAUACAUCGUAUUAUAAUAGGAACUGGUAAUAAUGAAUAUAAAAUCACAUCAAUAUUUAUUAAUAUCGUUCUACAAAUUGGCCAAAAUGAACAGUUCCGAGUCAACGAUCGAUUCAUUAGGAGUAUGUAUUCUGUGCCAGUUGAAUUUUAUUUAUUUAUUUUAUUUUUAUAUUUUUUUUCUGUCGAUUACUACUUUUGCAACGUUUACCACGAUUUUGAAAUUAACAAAAACAAAUUUUAUUAUUGUCACUAAGACUGUAUCAUUGUAUUUGAAUAAUGAAAUAGGAAUUUCUAUGUUCAGAAAAA